AUGAUCAUGCAUAACUGGUCAUCAUACUCCCAUGUCAAAUGGCUCAUGUCCAGUCGCAACUGGCCUAGCAUCAAGGAACGACUAGACACCGCAGAGCAGUUAUCCCUCGAGUUGAAUACCGAAUCUGUGUCCACUGCUGUUCAGCAAUAUAUCGAUCAUCAAGUACAUCAACUGGUGAAACAGAAGAAAUACAAUUCCAAACCCCAAAACGCAGUGCAACAGCAUUUAUGUGAAAAUGCAAAGGGCACAUUUCUCUGGGUAGCAUUGGUUUGUCAAUAUCUCGAGAGGGUGCGAUGGGAACCCCUUGCCAAGAUGAAAACAUUUGCCCCCGGACUGGAUUCUCUGUACCAACGCAUGAUGCAGGAAAUUCGCGAAUCAGAAGAGGAUGGGCUGUGUAGGGAGAUACUCGGCUUCAUGGCAGCUGCUUACCGGCCUAUCGCACUCCAGGAACUGGCGUCUUUCUGUAAUAUUCUGGCGGAAUAUUCCAACGAUGACGAGGCAUUAAGAAGCUAUAAGCCUUUGUGGCUCCUUGACAAUUCGCGAAAGGACGAAUCAGCUCAUGGCAUCAAGUUACUAGAGGUAGAAGGUGUCAAAAGAUCUCGGAGCAUUGAUAAGCGCACAUUCGGUAUUGGCAAUGGCAAGGGGAACGACCCUCUGCCACCGAUCCUUAAGCCGCUCUCGUUGCCGUUGUCCGAGCUGCUGGGUGCUACAUUGGCAUUGUGCGAUGUUGCAGUCACACCAGCUUGUAUCUCAGCGGUGUACAACAUUACAAGAGGCACAAAGGCCACCAAGGGCAAUGAAUUGGGCAUCUUUGAGGAUCUAGGGGAUGUGCAAAUACCCCAGGGCACUCACCCCAUCCUGAAGGCUGUCAACGGCGCUCAGGCUCCGACCAGCGUGUCCAAUGCAGGGCCAGAAUCCAACUUGGACUUUCAAAUCUCGUACCCGGUCAUCUGGCCGCAGAACUCCAUCCUCUUUCAAAUCGACGAUCCAGUCUACCAAGCACACUAUAACUUCACUGGCUUUCUCAACACAUUCCUGGAUGCCAUUGACGGAUUCUACUGCAACGAGAUCUCCCCUCUAGACCCGCCGUACCCCGAUGCCGCCGCCGGCGGCUACAAAGGCCAACUCCAUGAGCUUCUCGACGAAUUCAUGCUCGUGGUUUUUAGCUACGAGAACGGGCAGUUUCAAUCGGCGAGUAUACUCAGUGCUUUCUCUAGCGUAAACGUCCUUUUGUUACUGGGACACUGGGUAGUAUCUCGCAUGAUAAACCCACCACAACGGAUUUAG